UUUACAUUUGAAAUAAUUUAAAUAACAAAUUGUUGCUGAUGUAAGAAUCAUCGCCACAAGUUGAUUAAAAACUUGAUUUAUUCACAAUUUUUAUAUCACUAUUACAAUUUUCACUUAUUUUAUUAUUCGCGACGCUUACAAUAAUUAGUUAGACAAAAUGAUAGGUAAAACUGACCGACUGUAUUUGACUGCUUGAUUCUGACUGCUCGCCUCGGUUUGAAGGCGCACUUUUAUAGGGCCUGAGUUCGGCCAAGGAAGGUUCUGGAGUUUUCCUUAUUUGGUAAUAUUCUAGAGCAUUCUCGAAUGUUCGAGAAUAAUCUAGAAUGUUCUAGAUUCGGCUGUGUGCUAGGACAAUCAUUUCCUGUGUCGAAAGAUUGCCUUAUAUGGUAAGGUAUUUCGAAGGGUCGAUGGUGCGUCACGGUUUUAUCGCUAACCGUCGGUUUUUAUGAUACUUAAAAUAAACAUGGAAAGUUCUAGAAUCUACGCGUAGCAACUAGACUAAGCUAAACAAUGGUCACACUAAUUUUUGCAGGUUAUGUGUUCUUUGUUUCAACAUUUUAUAUCGUGAUUUUCAAUACUUUUGCAUAUUUUGCAUUGUGUAAAUGUUAUUGCAGCAACUUAUUUAAUUGUCAAUAGCAAAAUAUGUACUAAUAGUAAACAUUUUGGCCAUUAUGUUACCAAAAUGUCAUGCUAAUAUCUCGGCAGUAAUUACAUGUCUCGCGUCUGGGACGUUUCAAAAAAACGUUAUUUUACUUAUAAUGUUAUUGCAACGUACAAGUAACAUAAUAAUCGACUUUAACACAUUUCUGUUAUGUUGCAAGAACUUCACAAAUGAGUUGUUUCUCUAAAACGUAGAGAUAAAACAUUUGUUGUCGCCGAGAUGUUAGCGCAACGUUUUCAACAACUUAUAAGAAGUUUAUGUCCGGACAUAUAUACACAGUGCCGCAUAUAAGAGCAAGAGCGUAUGUUUAAUUUGCAUGAAUAUGUCCGAACUGAGGUGCGAGCACUUUCCUUUACAAACAAUGAAGAAAGGAUCUUCCUUAAAAUUUACAAAAAACUUCUAUGUAAUUCAAUUUGAAGACGGGAUAGCACUAGUUCCUAAUAACUGGUUGCGAAUAUCUGAAGACCAAAAGCAACAGUUUUGCUUCUACCCAAAUUACGAAAAAAAGGCUGAAUAAGGCUAUACAGAGUAAAGAAAUACCGGAUUUGAAAAAUGUACAAGCUGGUUGGGCGAUGUAUGAUGUUCUACACGUUUUUGCUUCAGCAGAUACUUUUGAACGAGGUCAAGAAAAAUUAAGAAUGACUGAAAAUACAUCCGAUAUAAACACUUAGGAUGAAGAAAAUAUGAAACAAACACGGCAUGAUAGAGCUGCUGCAAAACACUUUUUACGUCUGACAAUGAAUCUUCUGGUACAGAAAAGAAGUCUGGUCUAUUUUCUCCUUUACCAGAUUCGAAGGAAUUUUCUAGACCACAAAAAUUGUUCCUUUUGAAAAGGCCUGCCCAUAUUUUAGCAACCUACGAACAUCCGAAAAAGUCAAAAGCAAAAUUGUAACUGAGAAGAAACAAUCAAAGAUAUUUCUGCAAGAAACGGAAGUGAUUGCUAAACAAAAGUCAGAAGAUAAAAAUCAGAAUCAAUCAUCACAAGAAUCAAUCAAUGAAGAAAAUGAUUAUUCCAUUAAUGAAUACAAUACAGAGUUAACAAUACAUCAAAAUAAUGAAGAUCAAUCUCAGAAAGUGUUAAAGGAAAUUUUGAAAAAACCGCAUCUUAAUUGAAAUGACAUAUAUUGAAAGAAGGCUCAGAAGAAUAGAAGAUAAAGCAAACCAUAUUACAAAUCAAGAAAUUAAUAUAAAUACUGUCGAAGCUUUUGCUUUUGACACCAUUUCUUCUAUAGAAGAGUUGGAAUUGAACAAAAUUUGAAAAAUGUAGAAUUUUUCAUUAAAAUGAGAAACUUUUUGAAAUUAAAAGGCGGAACAAAUCUACAAGACACGAUAAAAAAUAUAUUUAAAACAUUAAUAAAGGACGAAAUAUUAAUGUUACACAGCUGGAAAGAAGCUCGAGGAAAAACUGCAUUACGAAAUUUCAAAAUUGUCAAUUUAAUCAUAGGUAAAGGUUUAACCAUUGUCAAUUUAAUCACAGAUAAAAUUUACGUUAAGGUUAUAUUUCGAAAUUGACUGUUUCUGCUGACUUCUUCUGUCUAUCUCGGCACUGUGAUCAGCAUAGGAUAAAACAAACAUCGAUUACGAGAUUCGAUUGCGAGUAGCCGUCGUGCGUGCAUCGUUCCGAGUACGCUUCCGAUAGCCUAGUCAGUUCCUGUGCUCUGCUUUGUCUCCGUCUUUUAUUUUGCUGUGUAUACCCGCCUUCUGUUGGGCCCGCCCGGCCCGCUUGCUUGCAUGCUUGCUUGCAUGCGUGCUUGCACGCCUGCUUCUUCUUCCUGCCUGUCCGCGACCCAUUUCUAACCUUAAAUAGAAAUCUUAUGAUUUCGUGGUGGAGAGUGCAAGUGCAUGUGAACAGUGAAUAGUGCUUUACCCCCUAUGCAAGAGAACAGCUGCAGUAUGGAAUACGACGACGCCCGAGAGUUGUCCCGUCCGGACGCUUCGUCGAACCCGGGCCGUUGAGGACUCCCUUGGAGACCACAUUGGUCGGACGUGGGCAGAAUUCACAGUUACGUAUGCUGCCUUCGAGCAUCAAAAAAAGGAAUUUAUCAACCCAGGCCAGCCCCCUCUUUGAAAAGGGUGCUGCCGCCAAAAAAAAGUCUAUAAAAUCCGCCUUCGCGGAUCAAGGCGUCCUGCGGGUUACUUCGCCAGAGAGCCGCAGGCCGCUGCUGAUAGACUCUCCGCUCACCGCCGAGGCUAAUAACAACGAUAACAUGACCUCUAAUAUGGAGAGUUUGCCCUUCGUCGACAACAACAGAUAUUAUUUUGACUCCUUGCCACCAUAUGUGGUAUUCAUCGAAAAGAUACGUACAUAUCAUCAACAUUCGCAGAGUUCAAUAGCGGAUAAACAGCUUUCCGUCGUCGGAUUUGGUAAGCGUCUUUUCAAAGCAGACAAUAACAUAUUUACGGAUUCGUACGACCUCAAGGUCAAAGACAGCUCGAAAUUUUCCGUUUGCUUCCCUACACCUAAACAAGCUAACGCCUGCGUAGAAUCUUUCAAACAAUUUUCCAGUGACAUCGUUCCGGGCGAAAAAUGGCAUGCUUUCAUACCCAAUUAUAAGGUUAUAAAGCAGUUUAUCACCCGCGGCAUCGACGAAAACGAAGACCCUGAAACGGUUCAAGGCGCUCUAAGACCGCCCCCUGAAUACAACGUCGAGUGGACGCCUCCUUUUGAGGUUACCAGAAUGCGUCGCCGAGUUUGCGUCCCCAAAGCCUCCACUUCGCUCCGGAAUGCUUCCAUAAAUAAAACUAGUAAUCCUGUUGAAUCUUCAUAUAUCUAUGUAGACACGGACUUAUAUAUAGCCAAAUUUAAAACCUUGCAUGUUCCUGAUUCACUGAUUUUUAUGAGCAAACGUGUUUUCUUGGACUCGCUGGUCCCUAGGAUCCGCAGAUGCAACGCAUGCCAACGUUUUGGACACCUGGCGCAAUAUUGCAGAGCCGGGACUGCCCCGCAUAAAUUCAUCUGUGAGAGAUGCGGGAAGAGAGGUCAUCCCGGGUCUGCGUGCGCCAACCCCGCGAUGUAUCAACUGCAUCAGGGCCCGCCUGGAUUGCGUGGAUCACGAGGCCUCUUCCAACAUUUAUCCAUCUUUUCUUAAGAAAAAAGGAGUAAAAAUCAUUAUGGCCAGGUACAAAGUCCUUCGCCCGGAGGCCGAAGAUAUCUACGCCAAGUGUGGAGGCGUCCCUGGGCGGGCGAAGCGGGGUACCCCCGCGUGGUCCCGCCCCCUACAUUAGUCAACGGUAGUAUAGCCCCGGCCGUCUUCUUCGAGCUCCUCCAGCGCAUAAAAGCUAAAUAUACAGAAAAAUUUGCCGCUAAUAUUCAACUGUCGGACACAGCAAGCCGCAACUUCAUCUCCUCUAUAUUUGAGAGGAACACCGGGUCAACAUUGCGGCUCUCAGCGAGACUCAUCUCUCUUCACAAUCCCUAGUGAAUUUCGCCAACUAUUCCGUUGUGUCCAGAGAUAGAAAUCGAUUUGGUGAAGGAGUCCCUAUCCUUAUUGAUAAAACAUUCAAGUUUGAAUUAAUCUCGCACGGACGGCUACAACGUGAAUUUUGCGUGCGAUUUCCCUUUGCAAGCGAUUCUUAUUUGCGAGCGGUUGCGAUGCACAUCGACGUGCAAUAAUAUUAACACGUUAAGCGCCACGCCGNAUUUUUGCGCCUUUCCGCUUAAGCCACAGUAAGCCGUCAGGCAGGCCCUGCCGGGCCGCGCGCCGAUAGGCGAGCCAGAGUAUAAACAGAUGACGGGUAACGUAACCCGGGUUGAGGACCGGAGCUUGUCUUCGUAUGUUUAUCUCUCCACUUGCAGCUAAACUGUACUCGAGAGCCUGUCAUUUUCUGAUCGUAAUAAAUACUAUGUAUAUACUUUGUUUAUAUCCUUAUAGUCCCUUCUCCUUGGUAGAAGAUAAAAAACUGAAAAGCGAGGCCUAAUGACGCUCGAACGCGUAAGAAAUCCUCAGUUGCAUACAUAUCGUAGCCCAGUUUCGUUGAGUUUCCAAGUUUUCUCGUACUUCUUCUUGACUAGAAAUUCAAAAUUUUGUUGGCCCAAAAAUNAGGAUGUCAUCAAGUGAUACGUCAAGUGAACAAAUUUUAGUGCCUACAAUUCGUCAUCGUCGUGUAUUGCGCUCGUCGAGCGAUGAAAGUUCAUCAGAGAAUACGCAUGUGGAUACUAAUCCAACGGGUAAUCAAGAAUGGUUCGAUCCUCGAGGAAAUCAACCUAUUAUAAAAGCUUUUACAAGCGAAUGUGGGGUUGACAUAUCUAAUAUCACAUUACAAAAUCGUCGGAAUGUGAAAGACUUUUACGCUUUACUGGUGACGGAAGAAAUGCUUCAGGAAAUAAGCGAUCAAACAAAUAUAUAUGCAGUGCAAAANCAAUCAAUGAAUGCUUCAAGGCGUAUAAAUAAGUGGNUCCCUACAAAUAAAAAUNAAAUCGAGCGCUUAUUUGGGCUCAUCAUAUGGAUGGGAUUGGUAAAAUAUCCAGCGAUAUAUUUAUACUGGUCCAGGGAUNCGCAAUAUUAUCAUCCAUUCCCACACAAAGUAAUGAGCAGNAACCGAUUUGAAAUUCUUUUGAGGAUGCUUCACUUUUGCAACAAUNAAACAGCAGAUGUCACCAACCGAUUAUACAAGAUCCAGCCGAUUAUCGACGAAUUGAAUAGAAAUUUUAAAAAAUAUUACCAUCCGACAGAAGUAAUUUGUAUUGACGAAUCNAUGAUUCNAUUUCGUGGACGAAUUAUAUUCCGACAAUACUUGAANCAGAAGAAACAUAANUAUGGGAUCAAAAUUUUCAAACUCAGCUGUGGUCUCGGCUACACAUAUAAUUUCAGUGUUUACAGUGGCAAAACUUUCGACAAAGUGAACACGACGUCAACCAAUGUAGUUAUGAAUUUGUGCNAAGGUAUACUUCAUAAAGGACAUACCCUCUGUACCGACAAUUGGUACACCAGUGUAAACUUGGCCAAGAAACUGAUAAAGAAAGAUACUCACUUGAUUGAGACACUAAGGAGUAACCGCAAGGAUACCCCAAAAGAAGUGGUAUUCAAGAAGCUAAAACGGGGGGAAUGUGUCGCAAAAGAGAGUAAAGAAGGGAUCACAGUUUUGAAGUGGAAAGAGAAGCGUGACGUUNUGUUACUUUCGACCAAACAUACACUCCAAAUGGAGACCGUUCAAACAAAAUCAAAAAUUGUUAGUAAACCAACAAUUGUUAUAGACUAUAAUGCGGGGAAAAAAUCGAUUGACCUAUCAGAUCAAGUUGCUGCAUACAGUAAUCCAUUACGAAAAUCGAUGAAAUGGUAUCGAAAAUUAGGUUUUGAGUUGUUAAUGAACACUGCUGUUGUAAAUUCNUUCUUUAUAUACCAAGAAACAACAGGCCAAACAAUGUCUAUCACAAUGUACCGCAAAAAAUUAGUUGACGGACUUAUGCAGGAGAACGAGGAACAAGUGGACACCCGUGUAAAUCCUCGGCAUCACUUGGAAAAAAAAAAGGCAGUGCGCACAAAACUAGAAAAUACUGCACCGAAUGCUAUAAUCAAAAUACACGAAUGUUAGGACCAAAGACAGCUAAAAAUAUAACGCAAAAAGUAACACCCUUUUGUAACUAAUGUACAAAAAAACCUCACCUUUGCAUAUCUUGUUUUAAUAAGUUACAUUAAUGUUUUUAAGUAUUCUAUUCUAUUCCUUGAAACAUGGACCAUACAAAAACCGAUACCGCAUAAUUUAAAUGUUCACUCUCACAAAUACGCAAGGACCGACACACGCGCCGCGAUAGAAAAACGAAAAAUCUGUCGCCGGUCCCUGCGGACCGGCGUGGUCUGAACGGAAAGUCUAGCGCCGGUCCCUAGGGACCGGCGUGGCGCUUAACGUGUUAAGGCAUGCGACUUUUGCUUAACUUUUUUUUUAGCUUUUUCGCGUUUGCGAUGCACAUCGACGUGCAAUAAUAUUAAGGCAUGCUGUAAUAUUAAAGCGUGCGAAUUUUUUCUUUAGUUCUACCACUUUUUUGCAUUUGCGAUGCACUACUAAGUGCACUAAUUUUAAGGCAUGCAAUUUUUUAAAGCGAGCGAUAGGAACCACCGGUCCCUUCCCGCUCCAACCGAAAGAAGAUGUCGUCUUGGGCCGUUCACGAAGCACAGGAGAUAACGGAAGUAAAGGAUACCGUUAGGACAUCGACCCACAGGGAAACGAUGUCGGGUGGAUCUCCUGGUCAGUCUGUUGCGGUCAAGACGAGAACAGUGCGAAGUACGUCCCGUUCCCUGUCUGCCAAGGCGGGGCAUGUGGCGAGUAGGCUGAAGACUAGCUACCGCCAAAUAACGAGACUGUUAGAGUGUGCCCACCUAAAUAGGAAAUUGGUCCAAGCAGUAGCAACAUCGUUGGUGUCUACAGGCAUAGGGCCGGCGACCAGGCUAGCGUGGGCAGAGGACAUAAAGAGCGGAGGCGAAUUCUCCCCAGAUAGCGUCCCGGGCAUGGUCACAGCACCCAAAGUGACCCUAAUAACCUGAGCGGGGUUGGUGGAUGACGUUUCCGACGGCGAUGGCAAUUCUGUAA